AUGAGCGGCGCGAAGGAGUGCACGUCGGCGGGCGUCCGGCUGGCGCAGCGUGCCAAGUCACCCGCCAGCGGGGACCCGCCGGACUCCCGGAUGCAGGGCAGCGCGACAGUGUGCCGCAGCGGUGACCACCGCCUCCGGCAGUCCAUCACCAUUAAGAGCAAGGUGGAGAGCUCGUGCAGUACCAAGACGGCGGUGACCUGCAUCUCGGAGAAGGGCACGCGGUCCGUGGUGCAACACAGGAGCACCGCCAGACACCCAGAGGUUGUACGAACCACGGCGUUCUUGCACGAGAUGUCCAACGGCGCCGGGGCAACUAUCAACACGUACGAGGACAGCCGCAGCGGGAUUCGGCAGCUCAGUGUCGGCCGUCACAUCGGGGACAGGUCUCAUCUGAGCGAGAAGAGUCGCAACGAGUUCACGGGCGAGGAGGAGAAGAGCGAGCAUCUGGUCAACAUCGCGUACGAAGAGCUCGGUGGCUUCGAGAGCGAGUGGAAGCAGCGCAUGGGCCAAGAAUAG